AUGGCCGUCUCCUCCCGCCAGCAACACACCUUUCAAGUCUUCCGCGAUGUGCCCCCACUUCGCCAGCUGCGUCGAGAGCUCCUCCUCUCCAACCGGACCGUCGGUCUCGUCCCUACCAUGGGUGCCCUCCACGAAGGCCAUCUCUCCCUCAUCCGACAAGCCGCGGCCGAGAACACCGACGUCUUCGUCAGCAUCUACGUUAAUCCGACACAGUUCGGCGUCACAGAGGAUCUCUCCAGCUACCCGCGCACUUGGGACAGCGAUGUUGCGAAGUUAGAGGAAUUGAACGCGGAACUGGCCCGCCAGAACAGUAACAACGGUCGCAUCACCGCCAUUCUGGCGCCCACCUCCAAGGUCAUGUACCCUACGCUGCCUCCUUCAUCCGAGAUUGAUGGCGACGGUUCCUUCGUGACCAUCACCCCUCUCUCCCGGAAACUGGAGGGAGCUUCACGGCCUGUUUUCUUCCGUGGAGUUGCGACCGUCUGCAUGAAGCUGUUCAACAUUGUCCAUGCCGACCGGGCUUACUUUGGUCAGAAGGACGUGCAGCAAACUGUGGUCAUCAAGCGUUUGGUGAAGGACUUCUACAUCGAUACGGAGAUCAAGAUCGGGGAGACUGUUCGUGACCACGAUGGGCUGGCAAUGAGUUCGAGGAACGUUUACCUUGGUAAGAGAAGACGGGCAGUGGGCCUGGUCCUCUACGAAGCCAUGAAGGCGGCGGAGAAUGCCUACAACGCUGGCAAGGUCAACCGGAGUGAGAUCCUUGACGCAGCUAACAGCGUCACUGAACGGGUUCUGUCUGAGCAGAAGGCGUUGGCGCCCACGGAGAGGGCGCUGUACGAAGUUGACUACAUCUCGCUUGCUGAUCCGGAUACUCUGGACGAGCUGGAAGUUGUUGAUCCCGCUAAGGGCGCCAUUCUGAGCGGUGCAGUCAAGAUGGCUCCGCUGGAGGAGGCAAAGCCGGGCGAGGACUGCGGCCUCGGUGACGGCCAAGUUCCUGUGCGUUUGAUCGACAACUUGAUCUUCAAGCCGCGGGUUUGA